CCGAGUGGCGGCCGCCCCCGGUCUCCCGCUGCCGCGCGUCCCCGGACGGCUGGCCUCGCUGCGGCUGCCGCUGCCCUCCAAGGCGACAUGAAGGAGCCGGCGGGCGGCACGACCCCCCCCGGGGCCCCUUUCUGCAGCCGCCUGAACCACUCGUACCCGGGCCUGUGGGGCUCCGAGCCGGCCGCGCCGCCGGGGGGCAACGGCACGGGCUGGGAGGCCGCCGAGGAGGAGUGCGGCUCCGUGUCCGUGGCCUACCCGCUGGCCAUGAUGAUCACCGGCAUCGUGGGCAACGCGCUGGCCAUGCUGCUCGUGUCCCGCAGCUACCGUCGCAAGGAGAGCAAGCGCAAGAAGUCCUUCCUGCUGUGCAUCGGCGGGCUGGCGCUCACCGAUCUCGUGGGCCAGCUGCUCACCAGCCCCGUGGUCAUCGCCGUCUACCUGUCCAAGCGGCCCUGGCAGCACCUCGACCCGUCGGGCCGCCUGUGCGCCUUCUUCGGCCUCAGCAUGACCAUGUUCGGCCUGUGCCCCCUGUUCAUCGCCAGCGCCAUGGCCGUCGAGCGGGCUCUGGCCAUCCGCGCGCCGCACUGGUACGCCAGCCACAUGAAGACGCGGGCCACGCGCGGCGUGCUGCUGGCCGGCUGGCUGGCCGGGCUCGCCUUCGCCCUGCUGCCCGUGGCCGGCGUGGGCCACUACACCGUGCAGUGGCCGGGGACCUGGUGCUUCAUCAGCACGGGCGAGCGCUACGCCAACGGCACGGCCUCCGCCCACAGCCGGGGCAACCUCUUCUUCGCCUCCACCUUCGCCUUCCUGGGGCUGACCGCGCUGGCCGUCACCUUCAUCUGCAACCUGGCCACCAUCAAGGCGCUGGUGGCCCGCUGCCGGGCCAAGGCCACGGCCGCCCAGGCGGGCGCGCGCUGGGGUCGCAUCACCACCGAGACGGUCAUCCAGCUCAUGGGAAUCAUGUGCGUCCUGUCCGCCUGCUGGUCCCCCCUGUUGAUCAUGAUGUUGAAAAUGAUCUUCAACCAGACCUCGGUGGAGCACUGCAAGACGCCAAACCCCCAGAUUGAGAGACCCAAGGAAUGCGACUUCUUCCUGACCGCCGUCCGCCUGGCUUCCCUGAACCAGAUCUUGGAUCCGUGGGUUUAUCUGCUGUUAAGAAAAAUCCUCCUGCGCAAGUUCUGUCAGGGAGAAGAGACCAGUUUGAGACAAGGCAUCCAUUGGGAAGUAAAGACAGGCACAUUGAGGACACAUGUAGAUGAACAUGGGCCCAGCCAGAUACAGAAGAAUGGCUAUCUGAAGGAGAAGACAGCUUCAAAGGGUUUUCUUUGUGCUAGAAAGACCUGCAGGCUCUGGAUUCUACAAAGGUACCUGUCCUCCAAGGUCAGCAGAGAGCUACACUGAAGGGAAACUUCAUGAAGAUCCUAUAAGAAAGAAAAGGACUUCCAGUAACCAGGAGCUGUGAGGUACCCCUUUGUCACAUGUAUUCUCUACCUCAAUACCUUUGUACUUUGAGCCCACCCUGCCCAGGGACAUUGUGUAUACAAAGAGACAGAGAGGAAUGUUUUUGUAACUAGUGGGUAUAUCUUCUCUGUAAAUAUGUUUUAAAAAAAACCUAAUUUUGACUGACUGAUUGUCAAAGGGAAGCACAUUGAUGGAGUCUUGUGAGUAUGGACACUCAUAUAUUCAGGGUAGAGUUAAUCCUGAGGUCCUGAGAAUAGUAGUCACCCGCCCUUUGGGCACCAGAUCCACCAAUAAGAAUAGAAAUUGGGAAAGUAGCUACAGAGUAGGUUCUAAAUACGACAGCUAAGAUGCAUGCUUGAACAUCUUUUUUUUUUUAAUUGCCUUCUCUUUUGUGUACUUAACAAUCCACAAUAAAAACAUUUCAAUGUGUAAAGAAGAAAAAAAAAAAAGGAAGAUUUUAUAAGUAAUUGAAUUUCUAAUAUGUAGAGUUUGUUUUUUAACAAGUCUCCACAGAGCCCACUUCCAGUGCAGUGGAGAUCUGAGCUACAAUGCAUGAAGCCUCUGAAGUCAGCAUGAAUGAGGGCCUGAGGGAGGACUUGUGGUCUAUAGAGGAGUAAAUGGGUCCAGGCUGGAAAUGCUGUCAUGCUGUUUAAGUAAUGGGACUGAGCUUAUGAAUAGUUCCUGCAUGGAAGAGAAGAGGGAGACCCAGCUUAUACAUAUAUAUAUA